GUCACAUUUCUUUUUUUUCCAUUUAUUUUCAUUCUAUUCCAAUGUCUGACUUUGGCGACUUCAAUACACCAUCAGAGGACCCUACUGCCGAUUUCCUUGCACGCGAAAGAGCUGCUUUAGGUCAAGAUGCCGACUUUUUCACCAAUGACGAUAGUCUCAUCUCUUCAUCUCAUGACCUCACCUCACCUCCUCUUCCUACCUCUUUGCCCAUGUCUCCUGCCAUCUUUAACGACUCUCCUCAACUCGGUCACGAAACAGCUGUUGGUUUCCUUGCCGAAAACACUUUGACUUCUUUCGAAACAAGCUAUCCUAAAGCUGAAGAGCUGGAGUCUUCACAAGCUUUCCAUAAGGCCUUGAUGCCUGAAGAAGAACCCGAAACUGUUCGUCAAUGGCGUGAAAAGCAAGCUGAAAUUAUUGCUCAGCGUGAUGCAGAAUCAGAAGCCAAGAAGGAAGAAAAGAUUAAGCAUGCUCGUGAAGAUAUAGAUAAAUUCUAUGAGGAUUACAACGACAAAAAGCAAAAGGCUAUUGAAGAAAACAGAGAGCGUGAAGAAAACUAUAAGCAGAACAAUGAACAAGUUGCUUCUUCAGCCAAUAUUUGGGAUCGUGUUGUGAAGGAAAUCGAUAUUUCAAAUGCAAAGACUGGUUAUCACACAAAGGAUGUGAUUAAAAUGAAGGAAUUAAUGCUUGAUCUCAAGAGAGAUCCAAAGGCACCUGGUAAUAUGAUUGAAGCCUAAUAAAAAAAAA